GGACGAAGAUAAAAAGAAAGAACAACUACCUUCAUGUGAACAUGAAAAUAAAUGACACAGAGGGACAUUGCAUGAAAACAACGGAAACCCUGACUGUUUUCAAGAAAGGAUGUAUUAAAUGCGGUCGAGUGGACUUCUCCCAAGCAAAGAAAAUGAGGAUUAAAACUGGGGUUAUAUUUUGGAAUCUCGUGUUUUUUAUGAUGGUCACGUGUGUGCGAGGUUUCAUAUAUACCUGUGGAGGGACAUUAAAAGGAAGGAAUGGGACCAUUGAAAGUCCUGGUUUUCCAUAUGGAUAUCCCAAUGGGGCUAAUUGUACAUGGGUUAUUGUAGCAGAAGAGGGCAAUCGCAUUCAAAUAAUCUUUCAGUCAUUUGCAGUGGAGGAGGAAUAUGAUUUUUUAUCCCUCUAUGAUGGACACCCUCAUCCAGCUAACUUCAGGACAAGAUUAACUGGGUUCCAAAUCCCAGCUCCUGUCACAAGCACGGGGUCCGUCUUCUCCCUGCGACUUACCAGUGAUUUUGCUGUGAGUGCUCAUGGCUUCAAAAUCUAUUAUGAAGAAUUACAGAGCAGCUCCUGUGGAAACCCAGGUGUUCCACCCAAGGGCAUCCUAUAUGGGACACGCUUCAACGUAGGGGACAAGAUUCGCUACAGCUGCGUAACAGGCUAUGUGUUGGAUGGCCAUCCCCAACUCACCUGUGUGACCAAUACUGGCAACACAGCAGUAUGGGAUUUCCCAGUCCCUAUUUGCAGAGCUGAGGACACAUGUGGUGAUACUCUGAGGGGUUCAAGUGGCAUCAUAUCGAGUCCCAAUUUCCCGAGUGAAUAUUACAAUAGUGCGGACUGUACAUGGACCAUACUUGCUGAUCCCGGAGACACCAUCUCCAUCAUUUUUACAGACUUCCAGACGGAGGAAAAGUAUGACUACCUGGAAGUGGAGGGCUCGGAGCCACCGACUAUCUGGUUAUCUGGAAUGAAUGUGCCAUCUCCUAUUGUCAGCAACAAGAACUGGCUGAGGCUACACUUUGUAACUGACAGCAACCAUCGAUACAGGGGCUUUAGUUCCCAUUAUCAAGUGAAAAGGUCCGUAGAUUUUAAAUCUAGAGGAGUAAAAUUAUUUCCUGGCAAAGACAACAGCAACAAGUUUUCUAUCUUGAAUGAGGGUGGAAUCAAACAGGCCUCCAACUCCUGCCCAGACCCUGGAGAGCCAGAAAACGGCAAGCGCAUCGGCAACGACUUUAGCAUUGGUGCCACAGCACAGUUUACCUGUGAUGAAGACCAUGUGCUGCAGGGCUCUAAGACCAUCACAUGUCAGAGAGUGGCUGAGGUCUUCGCUGCCUGGAGUGACCAUAGACCUGUGUGCAGAGUGAAGACCUGUGGAUCCAAUCUACAAGGUCCAUCAGGAACGUUUACCUCUCCGAAUUUCCCAAUUCAGUAUGAGAGCAACUCCCAGUGUGUGUGGAUCAUUACAGCCAGCAAUCUGAACAAGGUGAUUCAGAUUAACUUUGAGGAAUUUGACCUGGAGCUGGGCUAUGACACACUAACUAUCGGGGAUGGCGGAGAAGUGGGGGAUCCGCGAACUAUCCUGCAAGUCCUGACGGGCAGCUUCGUUCCUGACCUCAUUGUCAGCAUGACCCACCAGAUGUGGCUCCACCUCCAGUCUGAUGAAAGUGUGGGCUCUAUAGGAUUCAAGAUUAACUACAAAGAAAUUGAUAAGGAGAGUUGUGGUGAUCCAGGUACACCUCUCUAUGGGGUGAGAGAAGGAGAUGGCUUCUCUAAUGGAGACAUACUGCGUUUUGAGUGUCAGUUCGGCUUUGAGCUAAUUGGAGAGAAGACCAUAUCCUGCCAGAACAACAACCAAUGGUCUGCCAAUGUCCCAAUCUGCAUCUUUCCUUGUCUGUCGAACUUCACUGCUCCUAUGGGUACAGUCCUUUCUCCGGAUUACCCAGAAGGCUAUGGGAACAACUUGAACUGCGUGUGGCUGAUUCUGUCAGAGCCUGGCAGCCGCAUCCACUUGGCCUUUAAUGACUUUGACCUGGAAGCACCCUACGACAUCCUGACAGUGAAGGACGGGGAACUGCUGGACUCCGCAGUGCUGGGGCGCUUCACUGGGGCUGAGGUGCCCUCUCACCUCACCAGCAAUGGCAACAUCCUCCGCCUGGAGUUUCAGGCCGACCACUCCAUGUCCGGCCGAGGCUUCAACAUCACCUACAGCACAUUUGGCCAUAAUGAAUGUCCAGAUCCCGGGAUUCCUCUGAAUGCUCGCCGAUUUGGUGACAACUUCCAGCUAGGUAACUCCAUCUCUGUCAUCUGUGAAGAUGGCUUCAUCAAGACACAGGGAGCAGAGACAAUCACCUGUGAACUCGACAAUAGCAAGGUGAUGUGGAGCGGCCCUAUCCCUAAGUGUGAAGCUCCUUGUGGUGGUCACUACUCAGCACCGAGUGGGAUCAUCCUGUCUCCUGGUUGGCCAGGCUACUACAAAGACUCUCUCAGCUGUGAGUGGGUUAUAGAGGCCGAACUAGGACGCUCCAUCAAGAUCAGUUUUGAAAAAUUUCAGACAGAGCUGAACUGUGAUUUCCUGGAGAUCCAUGAUGGGCCCAACCUUCUAUCUCCAUUGAUUGGCUCAUUUAAUGGCACACAGGUGCCUCAGUUCCUGUUCAGCAGCAAUAAUCACCUCUAUAUGCUCUUCACCACCGACCACAGCCGCUCCAACAGCGGCUUCAAGAUUCUGUAUGAGAGCGUGACAGUGGAUGCCUACUCCUGUCUGGAUCCCGGGAUCCCAGUCAGUGGGAUGCGAUACGGCCAGGACUUCUCCAUUGGCUCCACCGUUUCUUUCGGCUGUGACUCAGGCUAUCGACUCAGCCAUGAGGAGCCCCUGGUCUGUGAGAAGAAUCAUUGGUGGAGCCACCCUCUGCCCACAUGUGAUGCUCUCUGUGGGGGUGAUGUACGAGGGCCUGGGGGAACUAUUCUGUCUCCAGGUUACCCUGAGGUCUACCCCAGCUCCCUCAACUGCACCUGGACUGUUGAGGUCAGCCAUGGCAAAGGAGUUCAGUUCACCUUCAACACCUUCCACCUGGAGGAUCACCAUGACUACCUGCUCAUCACUGAGAAUGGGAGCUUUGUGCAGCCUCUUGCACGCCUUACAGGCUCCGACCUGCCCUCACCCAUCAAUGCAGGCCUUUAUGGAAACUUUAAAGCCCAACUGCGCUUCAUCUCUGAUUUCUCUAUCUCCUACGAUGGCUUCAACAUCACAUUCUCAGAAUACAAUCUUGAGCCGUGUGAGGACCCAGGAGUACCACGGUUUGGCCGCCGUAAUGGUUACAGCUUUGAUAUUGGGGACACACUCACCUUCUCUUGCAACAUGGGCUACCGCCUGGAGGGGGCGCCAGAGAUCAUUUGCCUGGGAGGGGGUCGGCGCAUGUGGAGCGCACCUCUUCCAAGGUGUGUGGCUGAGUGUGGCUCAUCUGUCAUCAACAAUGAGGGGAUUCUAUUGUCACCCAAUUACCCCAUGAACUACGACAACAACCAUGAGUGCAUCUACAGCAUCCAGGUGCAGGCUGGGAAAGGAAUCAACAUAUCUGCUAGAACCUUCCAUCUGGCCCAGGGGGAUAUCUUGAAGAUAUAUGAUGGAAACGACAACACUGCCCAUGUGCUAGGAGCUUUCACUGGUUCAUCCAUGCUGGGCCUUACCCUCAUCAGCACUUCCAACCAUCUGUGGCUGGAGUUCUACUCAGACAUUGAUGCCACAGGAGAGGGCUUCAAACUGGUCUACUCCAGUUUUGAGCUGUCUCACUGUGAGGAUCCUGGCGUUCCCCAGUUUGGCUUCAAGGUGAAUGACCAGGGCCACUUCUCUGGCAGCACCAUCACCUACAAGUGCAACCCUGGCUACACACUGCACGGCAGUGGUGUACUCAAAUGUAUGACUGGGGAGAGACGUGCCUGGGAUAACCCUCUGCCAUCCUGCAUUGCUGAAUGUGGUGGACGUUUUAAGGGGGAGUCAUCUGGGCGCAUCCUGUCACCCGGUUACCCGUUCCCUUAUGACAACAACCUGCGAUGCACAUGGGUCAUUGAGGUGGACUCAGGGAACAUUGUCAGCUUGCAGUUUCUAGCCUUUGAUACAGAGGCCUCCCAUGACAUCUUGAAGGUGUGGGAUGGCCCUCCUGAGAAUGAGAUGUCUCUGAGGGAGGUCAGCGGCUCUCUGCUGCCAGAGGGCAUCCACAGCACCCUCAACCUGGUCAGCAUCCAGUUUGAGACCGACUUUUACAUCAGCAAGUCUGGCUUUGCCAUUGAGUUCUCCAGCUCGGUAGCCACUGCCUGCAGAGACCCGGGAGUGCCUAUGAACGGCAGCCGGAAUGGAGAUGGAAGGGAACCUGGUGAUACUGUGACCUUUCAGUGCGACCCAGGAUAUGAGCUCCAGGGUGAGAUGAAGAUCACCUGUAUACAAGUGGAAAACCGUUACUAUUGGCAACCCAGCCCACCUGUCUGUAUAGCUCCAUGUGGAGGGAAUCUGACUGGCUCAUCUGGCUUUAUCCUCUCACCCAACUAUCCUCACCCAUACCCUCACAGCAAGGACUGUGAUUGGCUCAUAGCCGUCAACCCUGACUACGUCCUUUCACUGGCAUUCAUUAGCUUCAGUAUUGAGCCCAACUAUGACUUCCUGUACAUCUACGAUGGGCCAGACAGCAACAGUCCUCUGAUCGGCAGCUUCCAGGACAGUAAACUUCCUGAGCGUAUCGAGAGCAGCUCCAACACUAUGCACUUGGCCUUCCGAAGUGACGGCUCUGUCAGCUACACAGGCUUUCACCUUGAGUACAAAGCCAAGCUGAGGGAGUCCUGCUUUGAUCCAGGCAAUGUCAUGAACAGCACAAGACUAGGCAGUGAUUACAAACUGGGCUCCACUGUCACGUUCUACUGUGAGGCAGGCUAUGUGCUCCAGGGCUACUCCACCCUCACCUGCAUCAUGGGAGACGAUGGCAGGCCUGGCUGGAACAGAGCUCUGCCAAGCUGUCAAGCACCUUGUGGGAGUCGCUCCACAGGGUCUGAAGGAACUGUUCUGUCCCCAAAUUUCCCCAGGAACUACACCACAGGACACAGCUGUGUGUACUCCAUCUCUGUGCCAAGGGAAUUUGUUCUGUUCGGCCAGUUUGUCCUGUUUCAGACAUCACUGAACGAUGUGGUCGACAUCUACGAUGGGCCAACACAGCAGUCUUCUCUGCUGUCUUCCCUCUCUGGCUCCCACUCAGGGGAGUCAUUGCCCUUGAGUACUGGAAACCAGAUAACUAUCAAGUUUACGACAGUUGGACCAGAAACUGCCAAAGGCUUUCACUUUGUGUACCAAGCUGUGCCACGUACCAGCGCAACACAGUGCAGCUCUGUGCCCGAGCCACGCUUCGGCCGUCGAAUCGGCAACGACUUCGCCGUUGGCUCCAGCGUGACGUUCGAGUGCAGCCCCGGCUACAUGCUGCACGGCUCCUCUGCCAUUCGCUGUGAGACCGUGCCAGACGCUCUGGCCCAGUGGAAUGACACCCUGCCCACCUGUGUAGUGCCGUGUGGAGGGAUUCUGACAGCACGAAAGGGCACCAUUCUGUCCCCAGGUUACCCUGAGCCUUAUGACAAUAACCUCAACUGUGUGUGGAAGGUUUCAGUGCCUGAGGGAGCUGGGAUACAAAUCCAAGUUGUGAGUUUUGCCACUGAGCACAAUUGGGAUUCUCUGGAUUUCUAUGAUGGAGGUGACAAUAAUGCCCCCAGAUUGGGCAGUUAUUCAGGGACAACCAUACCACAGCUGCUGAACAGCACAUCUAACAACCUUUACCUGAACUUUGUAUCAGACAUCAGUGUGUCAGCAGCAGGCUUCCAUCUGGAGUACACAGCAAUUGGUCUUGAUUCCUGCCCGGAGCCUCAGACCCCUACAUAUGGGAUUAAAGUGGGAGAUCGUUAUAUGGUGGGAGAUGUAGUUAUGUUCCAUUGUGAGCAAGGAUAUUCUUUACAGGGAAAUGCUCACAUAACUUGUAUGCCUGGGCCAGUGAGGAGGUGGAAUUACCCUGUACCACUCUGCCUUGCUCAGUGUGGGGGGUCCAUGACUGAAGUGAGCGGUGUGAUUCUGAGCCCUGGCUACCCUGGUAACUACCCCAGUGGACUUGACUGCACCUGGACUGUCACCUUACCCACUGGCUUUGGGAUCCACCUGCAGUUCCUGAACUUCUCCACCGAGGCCAUCCAUGAUUAUCUGGAAAUCAGGAGUGGGCCUGCAGAGACCAGUACUGUAAUAGACAGGUUCAGUGGGCCGCAGGUUCCAGAGCCUCUGUUCAGCACCACCCAUGAGACCAGCUUCUUCUUCCACAGUGACUACUCACAGAACAAACCUGGAUUCCAUAUUACCUACCAGGCUUAUCAGCUGCAGAGCUGUCCUGACCCUCGACCCUUCCGAAACGGCAUUGUGAUUGGAAAUGACUUCAGUGUUGGUAUGACCAUAUCUUUUGAGUGUCUGCCAGGAUACUCUCUCAUUGGGGAAAUCUCUCUCACCUGCCUUCAUGGAAUCAGUCGCAACUGGAACUACCCUGUGCCACGUUGUGAAGCUUUAUGCGGGGGAAACAUCACCUCCAUGAAUGGUACCAUCUUCUCCCCCGGACACCCGGCCGAGUACCCCAACUUCCAGGACUGUGUGUGGAGUGUGAGGGUUCCCCCUGGGCAUGGCAUCUACAUAAACUUCACUGUCCUCAGCACUGAACCCAUCUAUGACUACAUCACUGUGUGGGAUGGACCAGACCAAAGCUCACCACAGAUUGGCCAGUUCAGCGGGAACACAGCCCUGGAGUCAGUCUACAGUACCUCUAACCAGAUCCUCAUCAAGUUCCACAGUGACUUCAGUGGUAGUGGCUUCUUCGUGCUGAGUUACCAUGCUUACCAGUUGCGAGUGUGCCAGCCUCCACCAGAAGUGGCUAAUGCAGAUGCUCUAAUGGAGGAUAAUGAAUUUGAGAUCGGUGAUAUUAGCCGUUAUCGCUGCCACCCUGGCUUCACUCUGGUGGGCAGUGAGAUUCUUACAUGCAGACUGGGUGAGAGGCUGCAAAUGGAUGGCCCACCUCCUGUAUGCCAAGUGCAAUGUCCUGCUCAUGACGUGCGCUUUGACUCGACGGGUGUGAUCCUGAGCCCUGGCUAUCCAGACAGCUACCCCAACUUACAGAUGUGCUCCUGGAGCAUCAACUUGGAGAAGGGCUACACCAUCACUCUGCACUUUGAGUUCUUUCAGACUGAGAAGGAAUAUGACAUUCUUGAAGUCUAUGAUGGCCCUACCAUUCACAGUCAGACACUGGCCACUCUGAGUGGUGACCUCUCCACCCCUUUCAACAUCACUACCACUGGCCACCAGCUUUUGCUGCGCUGGUCAGCUGACCAUGGCACCAAUAAGAAGGGGUUCCGCAUCCGCUAUGUCGGUGAGUAUCAAACCCUGUACUGCAGCACCCCAGACUCUCCCCUCCACGGCUCCAUCAGCAGUCAGACUGGAGGUCACAUCAACAGCCUGGUGCGCUGGGCCUGCGACCGGGGCUACCGCCUCAUUGGCAAGAGCACUGCUGUGUGCAAGAAAACCCUUUAUGGCUUCUACGACUGGGAUGUACCAGUACCCGCCUGCCAAGCUGUGUCCUGUGGGGUGCCCAAGGCUCCUGCCAAUGGGGGUGUGCUAGCAGUGGACUACUCAUUGGGAACCCGAGUGACCUACUUCUGUAAUGAUGGCUACCGGCUGUCCUCCAAGGAGUUGACCAGUGCCGUGUGUCAACCUGAUGGCACCUGGAGUAACCACAACAAAAUUCCCCGGUGCUCAGUUGUUGUGUGCCCCAGCAUUGGAUCUUUUUCUCUGGAACAUGGACGGUGGCGGAUUGUCAAUGGUUCCCAUUAUGAGUACAGGACUAAAAUCAUUUUUACCUGUGACCCUGGCUAUUACCGUCUUGGACCUGCACACAUCCAGUGCAUGGCCAAUGGAGUAUGGAGCUGGAGAAAUGAGAGACCCCACUGUCAGAUUAUCUCAUGUGGGGAGCUCCCCACACCUGCCAAUGGGAAGAAGAUUGGGACACAGACCACCUUUGGGGCCACAGCCAUCUUUAUAUGUGAUGCUGGCUACAUGCUGGUGGGCUCCACUGUGAGGGAGUGCCUGUCUUCUGGUUUGUGGAGCGGAACUGAGACACGUUGUCUAGCGGGCCACUGUGGGCUGCCUGAGCAGAUUGUCAAUGGUCAGGUGAUCGGAGAGAACUUUGGCUAUCGGGACACAGUGGUGUACCAGUGCGCCCCAGGCUUCCGCCUCAUUGGUUCCUCUGUGCGCAUCUGCCAGCAAGACCACAACUGGUCCGGACAGUUGCCCAUCUGCAUCCCCAUCAGCUGCGGACACCCAGGCAGCCCCAUCUAUGGACGCACUGUGGGCAAUGGCUUCAACCUUAACGAUGUGGUGAGCUUCUCCUGCAACACAGGCUAUGUGAUGGAGGGCCCGGGGCGGGCCCACUGCCAAGCCACCCGCCAGUGGAGUCAGCCACCACCAACAUGUAAAGUGGUCAAUUGCUCUGAUCCUGGGAUCCCAGCCAACUCCAUCAGGCAGAGCAAGAUCGAGCAUGGCAACUUCACCUUUGGCACGGUAGUCUUUUACGACUGCAACCCAGGCUACUACCUGUUUGGCUCCCCCGUACUCACCUGCCAGCCCACCGGCCAAUGGGACAAGCCUCUGCCUGAAUGUAUUGUCGUGGAUUGCGGACACCCUGGAUCUCCUCCUAAUGGUGUAUUGAGUGGAGAAAAGUUCACCUUUGGCUCUACAGUGCGCUAUUCUUGCACAGGGGGCCGGCAGCUAAAGGGCGAGUCCUCUCGAACCUGCCAGCUGAAUGGACACUGGAGUGCACCGAUGCCAUUCUGCUCAGGUGAUUCUUCAGGGACGUGUGGAGAUCCAGGUGUGCCGUCACACGGGAGCAGGGAGGAGAGUGAUUUUCGCAUCCGCAGUAAAGUGCACUUCAGCUGCUCCACAGGUUACAUUCUCUUCGGGUCCUCUGAGAGAAUGUGCUUCCCCAAUGGCACCUGGUCCGGAACCCAGCCCUUCUGCAAACCGGUGCAGUGUGGUAACCCUGGGACUCCCAGCAAUGGGCGAGUGUACCGGCUGGACGGCACCACUUUCUCACACUCAGUCAUCUACUCCUGCAUGGACGGUUACCUACUGACGGGCUCCGCCACACGUCAGUGCCAGGCCAACGGAACCUGGUCAGGCAGUACUCCCAACUGCACCAUGAUUAAUUGUGGUGAGCCUGGAGUGCCAGCCAAUGGAGUGAGGUAUGGAGAAGACUUCACCAUCGCGCAGAAUAUCACCUUCGCAUGCCAGCCUGGCUACACAAUUGAAGCCGAAGGCUCUGCCACCCUCACCUGCACCGGCAAUGGCACCUGGAGUGCCCCAGUGCCUUUCUGCAAAGCUGUAACAUGUCCGGCUCCUCCAGCUAUCUCCAACGGGCUCCUGGAAGGCAGUGACUUUGAAUGGGGUACAAGCGUGAGCUACAGCUGUUCUCCAGGCUACGAGCUCUCCUUCCCUGCCAUCCUUACCUGUGUCGGCAAUGGCACCUGGAGUGGAGAGGUGCCCCAGUGCCUGCCUAAGUUCUGUGGGGACCCGGGGAUCCCCGCGCAGGGCUUCAGGGAAGGCCGUAGCUUCAUCUACCAGUCAGAGGUGUCGUUCAGCUGCAGCGCCCCCUACGUGCCCGUGGGUAGCACUACACGCAUCUGCCAGGCUGACGGUACCUGGAGUGGGUUCCAGCCUCGCUGCAUAGAACCAACACGUACCACCUGUGAGAAUCCUGGAACACCACGUUACGGCUCUAUGAAUAGGACGUUUGGCUUCAAGGUGGGAAGCAUGGUGGCCUUCCAGUGUCAGCCUGGUCAUUUGCUGCAGGGCUCUACCACUCGCCUAUGUCAGUCCGAUCUCACCUGGAGCGGAACCCAGCCGGAGUGCAUCCCCCAUAGCUGUAAGCAGCCAGAAAGCCCUCCCCAUGUAGAUGUGGUGGGAAUGGACCUGCCUGGCUAUGGCUACACUCUGAUCUACAACUGCCAGACUGGCUUCUUCUUGUCUGGAGGCUCUGAGCAUCGAGUCUGCAGGUCUGAUGGAACCUGGACUGGAAAGAUGCCUGUUUGUAGAGCUGGCUCCAAACUAUCAGAGAAACCCAUUAAGCCAGUCCCUGGGACACCAAGUCCUAAGCUAAAUGUCCCAGAUGAUGUAUUUGCCCCAAACUACAUCUGGAAGGGCUCAUAUAACUACAAGGGAAGAAAGCAACCUAUGACUCUGACUAUCACAAGCUUUAACACAACCACUGGUAGAGUUAAUGUCACGUUAACUAGUAGCAACAUGGAACUGCUGCUUUCAGGUGUCUACAAGAGCCAGGAAGCAAGGCUGAUGUUACUCAUGCACGAUGUGAAGGCAUCUUCUUCCACCACGCUGGUCAGGAUGAAGGAGGAGCAGUGGUCACUGGAUGGUUUUGUAUCUGCAGAACCUGAUGGUGCCACAUAUGUAUUUCAAGGUUUUAUACAGGGUAAAGACUAUGGCCAGUUUGGCCUUCAAAGGCUGGGUUUGAACAUGUCAGAAAGUAAUAACUCGUCAAAUCCACCACAUGGUACAAAUAGUAGCUCUGUGGCCAUAGCAAUCCUUGUGCCUUUUUUUGCCCUGAUAUUUGCAGGCUUUGGAUUUUACCUCUACAAACAGCGGACUACUCCCAAAACCCAAUAUACAGGCUGCUCAGUUCACGAGAACAACAAUGGGCAGGCAGCAUUUGAGAACCCCAUGUAUAACACCAACACGAAGACAGGGGAAGGCAAGGCCGUCCGCUUUGACCCCAACCUAAACACAGUCUGCACAAUGGUUUAAUGCAGAGCACUGGACGCAAG